UUUUCUGUUUGUAUCUCAGAAUGGCAUCUCAAGGUGGACCUGCCUGGAACGGUCCUCGGUUAGGAAACCUAGAGUUUAGAUCUCGCCGAGGACCUGCCGACGAGGAGGGAGAGGAGGUCGCAGAGGUCAGCUUCUCCAGCCCUGGCCUCAUCUCAUUGAACAAUAGCGGCCAGGGGCAUGGGAGGGCGCAGAUUCGGGACCUCUGGCAGGCCUUCUGCGACUGGCUGCAGCCAGAGAGGAACAGCAAGCAGGAGAUGAUCGUCUGUCUGGUGCUGGAGCAGUUCCUGCACAACAGGCCCCACAGAGACAGGGCCGCAUGGCAGCGGAAGUGGGAGUCGUGUGGCAGAGACCUGGAGUCGUUCAUGGAGGACCUGGAUGAUGACGACCUGAGGCCCGUCGGCUUGAUCCACGUCCAAAUGCGGGGGCAGGAAGCACUGUUUUCGGAGAACAUGCCCUUAGGACAGGUUGUGGCCCACUUCAUGGAGCAGCACCCAGCAGUAGCCCCCACAGCGCUCACCCCGGGGACACCCUCCCGGGCUCCCCCAGACACAUCCCGGCCAACAGCACCAGGUGAGCCAGGAGGGCCCAGAGAUGCAGGCGAACAUGGCGGCAGCCUUUCCAGCGAAGACCACCCCCCGCCCUCCCUGCUCAUCCUCCAGGGAGAGAGCCGCCCGGGGCCCGCAGAGGGCGCGGCGUCCUGGGAGAGUCCACGCAGCCCCGGAGCAGCCAGUCCGGGCGCCUCCGCCUCCGCGGCCCAGGAAGAGCCUCCCCGAGAGGAGACCCCGGGGGAAACCGGCAGCACCCGGAAGCUGUUCUCGUGUGACCAGUGUCCCCGGAAAUUCCGGUACUUCUCGCGGUUCCAGCUCCACCAGCGGAGACACAACAACGAGCGGCCCUGCGUCUGCGCCACGUGCGGCAAAGCCUUCUUCCAGGCCUCGGACCUGCGUGUGCACCAGCGGAUCCACGCGCGGGAGAGGCCUUUCCGCUGCGGCAGCUGCAGCCGGGCCUUCAGCCACAGGACCAACCUGGUGGCGCACGAGCGCAUCCACACGGGCGCCAUGCCCUACGCGUGCGCUCAGUGCGGGAGGGCCUACCGCCAGUCCUCCACCUACCACCGCCACCUGCGGAUGCACCAGAGGAAGGACUCUACAUCCGGGGCCUCCACGCCCCGGGCCUCCACAUCCGGGGAGUCUACAUCUGGGGACUCCAUGCCCUAG